UUAACCAACAGUCACAUGAUCCUGAUGUCAGUUAGCAGCGGCGAUAAACUGUUAAAGACGAGCACAAUUUACCUCUCAGCUACUAAAUACAAGCAAAAAAAAGAGAGAAAAAGUUUGAACUCGUAGCCAGAGUGGUUUCUGUUACCUAACACCCUCCUCCAAAUCAGUGCGUUUGACUUUUGUUUCAUUUUUUCUUCUUCUUCUUCUUGCGCUACCGUUAGCCUAGCUAGCACAACAUCUGCUAACCGUAGCUAGCUAGCCGUCCACCGCGGUGCUGCCGAGAUUUCCUCCGGACAACAAGAGAAACAUGACGCAGAUGUGCCGUGUCCAGUCAUGGUGCCUGGGAGUAACGUUACCGCUUAUUUUAGCUGCUGCCCUGCACCAGGGUUUUGCCACGGUUGCCCCUCCCACGACUCCUCAAACCACCGCUGCUCCGCACAAAGACCCCGAGAGACCUGAAAGAGGAAACUACCUGGUCACCGGCAGCAACGGCACUGCCUGUUUACUGGCAUAUAUGGGCCUCCAGCUCAACAUCUCCUUCACUUCUUUCUCCCAGAACAAGACGGUGCAGGAUAUCGUGAACCUUCAGCCUAAUUUCACAAAGAGCUCUGGGUCAUGUGAGGCAGAGAGCGCCACCCUGCGACUCACUACAGAUGCAGAGAAAACCAACCUCACCUUUGUCUUCGCUCUGAAUACUACGUCCAAUAAGUACCACUUGAGUGAAGUGUCUCUGUCAGCGGCUUGGCCAGAUAUGAAAGAACACUUCUUUGCCCAGAACCGCAGCCUGGACUACCUGCGGGGAACCCUGGGAUACUCGUACAUGUGCCGCGAAGAGCAGACUCUGAGCGUGACCCCCAACUUGUCCAUCAACACUUUCCAGGUGCAGCUGCAGCCCUUCGGCCUCACGGGAGACAAGUUUGGAGCAGCUGAGGAAUGCCAGUUGGAUGAAGAUGACAUGCUGAUCCCCAUCAUAGUCGGAGCAGCUUUAGCAGGUCUCGUCCUCAUCGUGCUGUUGGCCUACCUCAUCGGCAGGAAGAGGAGCCACGCUGGCUACCAAACCAUCUGAGGUCACUUACAUGUUCCCAGAGGCCAGAGCGCGCCACCCCAUCCCUGAAAUUAACCACUGUUUUACGAGACUUAACGCUCGACCUUCUUCCCCCUCGCUGUUCCCUCCUCCCUUCGUCCCCCCGCCUCUGUGUGUGUGCUGUUCUUUGCCCUCAUCGGUAACACUAGUCAUAAUCACUUUGUGGAGGUUGAUAUGCGCUUUCUGAACUGAUUGCUCUUUCAUGAAACAAAAAGGGACUCUGAUGGGAGAUUGUAAUGGAAUGGGGUAAACUUUUUCCUGGCACCACGUAAAGCAGGGGAUGCAUGUUGAUCAGAGGGUCAAUGAGAAUUCUCAAGUUCUUCUACUAUUUAUGAUUUCUGUGAAAGGAAUUUUGAGGGAUUGAGGGGAUCGCUACUUUAGCUUUUCUUGUCUGUUUUUUGGGUGACCGUUUUUAGUGGUCUUGCCAAAAAGGUUUGUUGUUUAUAAAGGGAAUAUCUCUGCCAGUCGUAUUACAUCCACCUCAGAUGUUGAAAACUGACUUUUUUUUUUUUUAUUCUUAUUGCCAAGCAAGGAACAUACUAAAACUAACCUAAUUCUGAAAAGAACGCACAAGGAGCUCGUCAGUAGUCCGAUACAUUUGGGAGUUUAUUUGUUUGACUGGGGUCAGUUGAUAAACUCCCGUUUCUACCUUUUAGAGGUACACAACUCAUUUCAUUAGAAAGUGUAGAUACAGUUGUGAGCUUUGUAGGAUUGUAGGCAACUAUUUUAGCUUUUUAGUCACUGCACUUAAAGGAAUAGUUAGACAUUUUGGGGAAAUAAGGUCGUUCGCUUUCUUGCUGAGAGUUGCAUGAGAAGAUUGACGUCACUCUUACAACAGCUAAAUAUGAAGCCACAGCCAGGAGAUGUUUACAGAUGGUAUAAGCCAGACUAUUUCUUGGCUGUGGGUGUUUGGGGACAGACUCUAGGAAGUAAACAUGUUUGCCCACUCAUAACCCACCUACAGAACUUGUUACAUGGUCCUGAACUGUAGCUUCAUAUUCACUGUAUCGACAUUAUAUUGAUCUGUUGAACUGGUAAUCGUUGACAAGGCAUUAGAAAUAAUUUAAUUAUCUUAAUAUAUAUAGUUUUUGAAGGGGUUGUCAGAGAAUGAUUCCAAACCUGAGAGAAUGUUACAAGUGGGCUAACAUUGUUAACAUUAUAGAGGAAUACAAAAUCUCAGCUAAAAAAUGUGUUUUUCAAAUGUAAAUCUCACAAGCGUACACUAAACAAGCUGCAGCAACACCAGCACAACCACUACGUUAAUGAGUGUGAAUGUGCUGGAAAUGUUUUGUUAUUGAUUCUAAUCAGAGAUUGAGCUUCAGGUCAAGGAAAUGCAGCUAGCAAGCACCUCAUCCUCUGUAAGCUAUCACAGACACUACAGGACUCUUUGUUAAUGCUGACGUCAAUGUGGCAAAGGCUCGUUAUCGAAAAAAACACUAUUGGUGGCCUCCUUGGGGUCGUCUUUUACUCUGAAAUGAUCCCACACUUUGGAUUUCCUGCCCAAUCCGAUGUGAUUAUUGUUCAAUACCUGCAGGGACCAGCUGUGUAAAGGAUAUCUGUCCAUAACCAAUCCACUCCCCUCGAUAUUUAGUCUACUAUUAGAAGGCAACUCUGUCGAUCUUCUCAUGUAACUCAGCACAAAAGCUAAGAAGUGUGUUUCCCACAGUAAUCAUAGACACUCCUGUGGAUUCUGCUGUUACAUUACACACGUGCACACCAGGAUUUGCUUAAACAAUCUCUUAAAAAGGCACUGUUGGUUUAGAUGAAGAAGCUCAGGACGUCACCGCAGUAACGUUAACACUGUCGAGUCCGCUGGGUGGUUUUUGUUUGUUUGUUUGUCUGUUCUGCAUUUGGGCCCACUUGGGAUUUUGUUUGCUUGAAGAGAAAGAUGUUACGCUGAAGUCCUGAGAAACAGCCACAAGUAAUGUCAAGUCAAAUGUCCGAAAUGCUCUAGUCAGUGUUCAUCAGUGCCUUCCCAGCUGUAACAUGGACUGAGUUCAAGUAACGCCAGUAUCACAGAUGUACUCACUCAUUCACUCACUGACACUGUGUGCUGCCAACUACGGGACAUUUUCUUUGUGUCUCACGUCGCCUUCAUGUACCGGUACUACCAUCAUUAAGCAUUGUUAGAUGUAGUAGGAGAAAGUACAGAUAUUUAUGUUGUUUUUUUGUGUUUAUUUUUCCUCCCUCAUCCUAAUAUCCAUAUAGUGAUUUAACAAGGUUUUAAUGGAUUUUGUUUGAACUGUUUUUUAAAGGAGAGGCCAAUAAAAGCGAACGAACGAG